AUGGGGAGGAACGAAGACGACAGGAUGGGGGUGAUUCGCAGGCCAGAUCUUUCGGGGGAGACUUGGGACGGAAAUGUCAUGCAGAUCGGCGCGCAGAGGAGGCCAGCCAACAACUAUCUGCGACGACGAUCACAAACAAAAUCAUGGGCCUGGGUUUGCAAGAGGCUCCAGACUUCUUGA